GUCCGCACCUUUUCCGGUAACACAGCACCGAGCGGCCGGAGAGAGAGAGAGCGGCGAGAGGGAGGCAGAGCGCGGCAAGAGCGGGGAGAAACGGCCCGGGGUCCGGGGGAUGAUCGCCGCAGACGCAGGGGGGAACGCGAGAGAAAGUCGGCCGAAUCAAUGACCUUUUGAGGGCUCUUCUUCUUCUGGAUGUCCCGCCGCAGACACGCACCGGAGAGCUUCGACUGUGGCGCGUUUUGGUGAGAAAACCCGCGGCCGUGUGAGAUCCAUCGAGCGGGAGAGAGGACAGCCGGCAGCCGAGGAGGAAGUGGGAACCCCGGGCUCGGACUGGGCCUGAUUUGGCAGAAGCAAAAAAAAAAAAAAAAAAGGAGAAAAAAAAAAGAAAAAGCCCCUGUGUGUGUGUCAGAUCCAGCAACACAACUGGAUUCAGCAGCUCACGUGUGGAUUUUUUUGAAGGAAAUCUGAGCUCAAGUUCAGAACAAGUGGAUGUGAUUUUUAUCUCAGUGGAUCAUGAACAUAAAUCCACACCCAGUUUUUCAUUCAUACAGCUGCCAGUGAAGCUCAGCAGCUCAGGUCACCACCAGUCCAGAUAAUUGUAACUUGAAUAUAGUGUGAGGCCUCCAGCAGCUGCACACUUUGUGUUCAACUUUCUUUUUUGGUUUUUCCCUCACUCUCUCAUUAGAGAAGUCCUCGCUUCUUUUCCUUCUCCUAACAAAGUAUUUAUGCACAGCAAACAAGAUGGGGAAGAUGCUCUCCAAGAUCUUCGGCAACAAGGAGAUGAGAAUAUUGAUGCUUGGACUUGACGCCGCCGGGAAGACCACCAUCCUGUACAAGCUGAAGCUGGGACAGUCGGUCACCACCAUCCCCACGGUGGGCUUCAACGUGGAGACCGUCACCUACAAGAACGUCAAGUUCAACGUGUGGGACGUGGGCGGCCAGGACAAGAUCCGGCCCCUGUGGAGACAUUACUACACGGGCACCCAGGGCCUCAUAUUCGUGGUGGACUGCGCCGACAGGGACCGGAUCGACGAGGCCAGGCAGGAGCUCCACCGGAUCAUCAACGACCGGGAGAUGCGGGACGCCAUCAUCCUCAUCUUCGCCAACAAGCAGGACCUGGCCGACGCCAUGAAGCCCCACGAGAUCCAGGAGAAGCUGGGCCUGACGCGGAUCAGGGACAGGAAUUGGUACGUUCAGCCAUCGUGCGCGACGUCGGGGGACGGACUGUACGAGGGCCUCACCUGGCUUACCUCAAACUACAAAUCCUAAUACCCCCCUCCCCUUCAUCCCACAUCGUCACCAGCCUGGACACUCGGAGGCAGAAAAAAAAAAAAAACGUAGCUGAGGAUUCAAGAAAAAACAAAACACAAAAAAAAGCAAAUAAACCCACGACCUCUCUGCUGAGUAUCAAAGAGAGUAGCAGU